GUGGAUUAUUUCUUUGUACAAACUAUAUACUUACUAAAAUGGGUUUUCACAAGAUUAAUGGAAUUGUCGUGCUAGUGGUGUUGGGUAGCUUAGUGGGCUUGUCACAAGGCCAAGGCACUAGGAUAGGGUUUUACUCGGCCAGGUGCCCUCGAGCCGAGUCGAUAGUCCAGACGACCGUGAGGUCGCAUUUCCGGACUAACCCAACUAUUGCGGCGGGUUUGCUCAGAAUGCACUUCCACGAUUGCUUUGUCGAGGGUUGUGACGCCUCCAUUCUCAUCGAUGGUCCCAACACCGAAAAGACUGCGGGGCCCAACCGUCUGUUGAGAGGAUACGAGGUCAUCGACGACGCUAAACAGCAGAUCGAGCGCGUGUGCCCUGGUGUGGUCUCGUGUGCCGACAUUCUCGCUCUUGCUGCUCGCGAUUCCGUCGUCGUCAGUGGCGGAGGCAGCUGGGCCGUGCCGACUGGGCGGCGCGACGGCCGGGUUUCGCAGGCAAGCGCCACCUCCAACCUACCCGGUUUCCGUGAUUCCGUCGACGUCCAAAAGCAGAAGUUUCUAGAUAAAAAACUCAACACUCAAGACCUGGUUGCCUUAGUUGGAGGCCACACCAUCGGAACCUCAGCCUGCCAGUUCUUCAGCUACCGUCUCUACAACUUCACCAACGGCGGGCCCGACCCGACCAUCGACCCCGCGUUCCUCCCCACGCUCCGCGGCCUGUGCCCGAACGGUGGAGACGGCACGAGGCGCGUGGGGCUCGACAGCGGCAGCGAGACCCGUUUCGACGCGGGCUACUUCGCCAAGCUGAGGGACGGCCGCGGGGUCCUCGAGUCGGACCAGCGGCUGUGGGGCGACGCCUCGACGAGGAGCGUCGUGCAGCGGUUCAUCGGCGUGAGGGGCUUCGCCGGGCUCACGUUCGGCAUCGAGUUCGGCCGGUCGAUGGUGAAGAUGAGCAAUGUCGAGGUGAAGACGGGCACCAACGGCGAGAUCCGUACGGUUUGCUCCGCGGUUAAUUAGGUUAUGACGAUGACGAUGACGAUGACGAUGAUAUAUGGUUAAAGAUGUGUAGUAAAAUUAGUUAUGGUCAGGUAACUAAAAUUGAAACAAUUGUUCAUGUAACUAAAUUUGUGUUUUGUUAAGGUUGGAUUGUCAUAUUUGUAAUGGCCCUAAAUAGAAACUAUUAGGGCUCUAAUGUAAUGUCUUUGCCAUAAUAAAAGUUAAUUUGUAAUUUUACGUUA